GUCUACAAAUAGCAGUUCUCCUGUCCUCCAGCCCCUCAUUCAGACAUCUACCUCCAACAGCAACCAAGUUCCUCCAGCCAGACCCUCGGACAACGUCCACCAUGAGCAAGUCCUUCUCCUCCCAAUCCGCCCAGUCAGCCUCUUCCUACCGCCGGACCUUCGGCUCCGGUGUUGGAUCCAGCCCAGGCAUGUCCUCCAUGUUCUCCCACGGCGGACGCGGCUCCUCCGGCGCGGGCCACAUGUCCUCCAGAGUGUACGAGAUGACCAAGACCUCAGCCCGCCCCAGUUACUCCUCCGGCAGCAUUCGUUCCUCCUCCGGGGGCGCGAUGCGCUCGUACGCCGGGAUGGGCGAGAAGCUGGACUUCAACCUGGCCGACGCCACUAACCGUGACUUCCUGGACACCAGAACCAAUGAGAAGGCAGAGCUGCAACACCUGAACGACCGGUUCGCCAGCUACAUCGAGAAGGUCCGUUUCCUGGAGCAGCAGAACGCUACUCUGGUGGUGGAGAUCGAGAGGAUGAGGGGUCACGAGCCGACCCGCGUGGCCGAGAUGUACGAAGAGGAGAUGAGAGAGCUGAGGCGUCAGGUGGACAGCAUGUCCAAUGACAGAGCCCGCAUGGAAGUGGAGAGAGACAACCUGGCUGACGACCUGCUGAAACUCAAACUCAGACUGCAGGAGGAGAUCCACCAGAAGGAAGAUGCUGAGAACAACCUGUCUGCCUUCAGAGCUGACGUGGACUCUGCCACGCUGGCCAGGCUGGACCUGGAGAGACGCAUUGAGAGCCUACAGGAGGAGAUCACCUUCCUCAAGAAGAUCCACGAGGAGGAGAUCCAUGAGCUGACGAGCCAGAUGCAGGAGACCUCCGUGCAGGUCCAGAUGGAUAUGUCCAAACCAGACCUGACCGCUGCCCUCAGAGACAUCCGUAUGCAGUACGAGGGCAUCGCAGCCAAGAACAUCUCAGAGGCAGAGGACUGGUACAAGUCCAAGGUGUCAGACCUGAACCAGGCUGUGAACAAGAACAACGAUGCUCUGAGACAGGCCAAACAGGAGAGCAUGGAGUUCAGACAUCAGAUCCAGUCCUACACCUGUGAGAUCGACUCUCUCAAGGGAACCAACGAGUCUCUGCUGAGGCAGAUGAGGGAGAUGGAGGAUCGUCUAGGAAACGAGGCUGGAGGUUACCAGGACUCCAUCACCCGUCUGGAGGCUGAGAUCGCCAAGAUGAAGGAUGAGAUGGCUCGUCACCUCAGAGAGUACCAGGACCUGCUCAAUGUCAAGAUGGCCCUGGAUAUAGAGAUCGCUACCUACAGGAAGCUACUGGAGGGAGAGGAGAGCAGAAUCACGGUAUCCGGCUCCCAGUCUUCUCACUCUGGCUCACACUCUGCUGCCUCAUUAUAUUCCACUGUUGGAUUCAGAGAGACCAGCCCAGACGUCGGACGGUCAGCAGAGGUCCACUCCAAGAAGACUGUCCUGAUAAAGACCAUCGAGACCCGCGAUGGAGAGGUGGUCAGUGAAUCUACACAGCACCAGCAGGACAUCAUGUAAACAACAACAACAACAACAACAACAACAACAUCAACAACAACAGCAACAACAACAACAACAACAACAGCAACAACAACAACAACAACAACAACAACAACAACAACAACAACAACAACAACAACAACAGCAACAACAACAACAACAACAACAACAACAAGCUUAAAUUAGGAAAAAAAAAUGUAUGUUUACAUACCACGAUACGAGGCCUUCUCUAGCUACCGUUUCUAAGCAAAGCCUCGUUUUAAAAGGUCUCUUUUUUUUUUAAAGAGUUAUGAACACCUUACGAAGCGUUAUAACCACCUUAUGAAGGGUUAUAUCCGCCACAGGAAUGUUUAUAACUCGUAAACUCCAACUAAUCAGAUGUUAUGUGACCCAUCGCCGAAAGGAGAAGAACAUAAGAAGAAAGACAAUGUUAAGUUACAGUCAUCAGAAGGUGGGAACAAGGUGGAGUGAAAGUCAAGUAAGGCCCUGGCCAGAACAGAACACGCAUGGCUAGAAGGGAUCUCCAGAAUGUCAAGAGAUGGAUCUCCGUAGUGCACGUCUGUGUUGUGAGUGGGUCUCUUUGCUUCCACAACAGUUUCACAGUGGCCAAUGAUUUGAAAUAAAAAAAUAUAUACUGUAUCUUCAAAAAGAGAA